AUGCGCAGUGCGGCUCCACCCCGUCCCCGGCGGGCGGAUCCACGGGUCCGCCUGUUCGCCGGCGCCGCGGGGCUCGAGCGGGGCAGAGACGCGAUCCCUGUGCGCGCGGGGCGCCAAGAUUUGCCCGGGGGUCUUUCCUCCAGCUCCUCCGUGCCGCCCGCCUCUCUAAGACUCGUUCCUCAACCCCUCCCCCCCCCCCCCACCUCGAGCCAGCCCCGUCUGCCGCUGGGAUCCCGGCAGUGA